GAGAUGAGACUUGUGACAUAGGGAUUAGCUGUCAGUAAGGAGCUAGAAAUUAAUGGCGUUGCGGGACGUUUAAGCAGCGAUCUGGGUCUGCGGGUUUUGUUAAGAAAAUCGGGGUUGUCCAGCGAAAAGAGGGACUGUUGGGCGGCUUUUUUUCUGCAAACAGCAGCCACUUAGAAGGACUGGGCAUGCAUAGGGGAGGUGCUGGCUAUCGAUGUAAUCUUGGCGCCACGUCAGUCACACUGGGGUCCUUCUCAGGUCUGCUAGUGCUCAUCCCCGCCCAGCAUCCUCCUUCAGCAAAUAAUUUGAGUGCAGACUCCGCCUGUUACCCUGCCUGCAAGAAGUCUGCCUUACAGUUGAAAAUGCAAAACAACGAAGUGCUAAAGCCUGCCAAGUACUUCUCGGAGCUGGAAAAGAGUGUGUUACUGGCACUGGUGGAAAAGUAUAAGUAUGUCCUAGAAUGCAAGAAAAGUGAUGCUCGAACUAUUGCCCUAAAGCAGCGCACAUGGCAGGCUUUAGCCCAUGAAUAUAACUCCCAGCCUAGUGUGUCACUAAGGGAUUUUAAGCAGCUGAAGAAAUGUUGGGAAAACAUCAAAGCUAGGACCAAAAAGAUCAUGGCCCAUGAAAGGAGAGAAAAGGGAAAACUUUUUGGCCCAGAGUCUAAUAGUCAUCAAGCAUUGAAAGAAAAGGUUGCAAGUAUGCUUCCUGAGCAACUCUAUUUUGUACAAAACCAGCCAGAGGAAGAAAGAGGAUACAACCAUGAUACUUCCAACCAAGAAAUGGACUGCAAGAGAGUUAAUUUGUUGGAUCUGGAAGUACUUAUUGAUGAACAAGGCAAAAUUCAGACCAAGCCUUUCAGGAAAGUGCCUGAAACAAAUUUGUUAUGUGAUGAUGGCUCACCUCCCCAGUCAAUAGACAAAGCUUUUUCAAAUGGAGAUCUGGAACUUCUCAUCGAUGAGCAAGGUAAAAUCCAAGCAGAACCAAUUCGGAAAGUGCCUGUCACAGAUUCACAGUGCAUACAGGGCUCGCCUUCAAGCUCCCUAAAGACAGAAUCCUUUGUUGUUCCUGAAAGAGAUGUGUAUGAAGAUCAAAAUUCUAUAGCCAACAUGCACAGUUCUGAAAGCUCUGUUCAUUCAACACCUAUAUUCCCAUCCUCCAAAUUAUCUGCUAAUAGGACCUAUGGCCGCAAACCAUCACAAAAUGGCAUUUUUACAAAGAUGCAUGAAGAACAACACCACCAGCAGAUGUCUAUCCUUCAGCUGCAGUUGAUUCAGAUGAAUGAGGUGCAUGUGGCAAAAGUACAGCAGAUUGAGAGAGAAUGUGAGAUGGCUGAGGAGGAACAUCGGAUAAAGAUGGAGAUCCUGAAUAAAAAGAAAAUGUAUUGGGAGAGAAAAUUGCAGACAAUCACCAAGGAGUGGCCAGUAGCAUCAUUUAACAGGCCUUUUCCUAAUUCACCCUGAUUCUGCUGUUGGCAAGAAAGUGUUUGAUUCUUAGAACAUCAUUGUGAACAGUUUUUAUAAACGUCUACUAAUGUGUUGAACGUUUAGUAGGCCCACACACUGGCAACGGUUACUUUGUAGGAAAAUCUAUAAACUGACAAAUGAAAAAACUGGGUGUAAAAAUGUUUUAGGACACUGGAAGAGCUGGUAUCAGGAACAAUGCUAUUUGACUUUUAGUAGUAUUUAAGAAAGAAAAAGCAUCCAGCCUUCUUCUGUGAUCGUGCUGCUUAUGUUAAAAUAAGCUGUACACUCUUUUUCUUUUUUUCUUAACACUUAAUUUACUGACAUCAAGUUCACUUUUUAUUAUUAUGUAUAUCGGUCCAAAUGUUAUGUUUUAUGUAUUUGUUUUGUACAUCAGUUGGGUAAUAUGUGGAUAAACUUUAUCCCUUUAUUAAGCUAAUAAGAAUUGUGUGAUUUGUAAUUGAGAAACCACUGAAAAAAUGCAAGACUAAGUCACCAGCCAGGAUAUUGUUUAAAUAUUGUUGUAGAAUGACACCACUUUCGUACAACUCGAUUAUUUUACCCUUCCACAACAAUGUUUACAUUAUCCUCAGGUGAAAGGUAAGUUUAUGUGGCAUGUCUAUAUCAGGUACAAAUGGUAUUUAUUUUAAUAUGCGGCCAAAGGUCCUGAACCAUUGUGUUUAUUUAUAAAGCAUUACCUGAUUUAGAAAUUAGGGUUGCAGUGCAAAAGUCUAACUUUCUGAUAAUAAAGCACAUAUUAUAUUUG